AUGUUGUUUCUAGAGUGGUAUAACCUUUUGAAGAGCGCAAUAAGGUUUGAAUAUUCGUCUGAAUUGGUUUUUGGGUAUGAAGUUGCCCUCUCCAGUGAGGAAAACAAGUUUUGCACUAUCAACGUAAAAUCUAGAAGAAUCCGCACGUUGAGUGGUCUAAGAGGCAAGCAUAUUUAUGAACCCAUUGCAGGCAAGGUUGAUAUUGAAGAUUCAAUGGAAAUUGGUAAUAGCUGCAACGGGUUAAUCCUGAUACUUUAUUCCAAAAAACACGUUCUUUUUAACCCUCUAUCAAACAGAAUAGCGUUUGCAACACGCAAACUGCCUGAAUGGGGUGGCAGCAGGUGUUGUGGCUUCUUCUACCAUCCUCUGGCAAAAGAAUACCGGCUUCUCCAUGUGACGCAGAUAGGAGAGUAUAGUUACGAGUACCACAUUUACGAAUUCGGGGCCCACAAGUGGAGGACAAUUCUGACUCCCAAAAUUUCUCCUCCCCCCCAUAGCUUCGCGCAAUUGGUGGUGACGAAAAAAGCUAUGAUUUGGCGGCAUUGGUCUAGCUUUAUGGUUUUCGACACAAAUACUGAGGAGCUAUGCUUGAAAGAUUCUCCUCCAACCGUUGGUGAGCCUAAAAUGGUGGCCAAAGGAGGUAAGGACUUGUGUUGUUGUUAUGUGCGUUACGCGGAGACUGUAGUGGACGUUUGGGUUCUUGUGGACUACACGAAUUGGUUAUGGGAAAGAAAGUAUGCGGUGAAUUUUGAUUGGGAAAAGAAUAGGAGCCCCUCGCAAGCAUGGAGCGCUCACAUCCCUCGAGUAACGCGUAUCACAAAAGUUGUGAGCAUUCAGGGUAAUAUUUUGGUGUUGGAUUUCGAGGGUGGUGGAGGACAACUGCAUUGCUAUGAUUUAGUGUCUAAUGCGUCUUGGAUAGUCGACACCAGCAAAUUUAAUGGGAAAACCCGAACAACUUGGUAUGUUAGGCAACGACGUCUGGACAAGCAUUUCACUUGGUACCGUUUGCUUGGCUUAUAG